AUGGCGGCGCCAGGUGGGCCAUCCCCCCAGCAACUCGCCGCAAUGCAGCAACAGUUCGCUGCUGAGGCCGCAAAGCGAGGAAUGACCCCCGAGGAGUUCGCCAAACAGCAGCGCGAACAGCUGAACGCCGAAGCGGCGAAGCAUGGCAUGACGACCGAGCAAUAUGUCGCCCAGCUGAGAAUGCGCGCGAUCGCCGCCCACCAGAAACAGGUCGAGGCUCAACGACAGAACCAGGGAUCUCCCCAGCCUGGACAGUCUGGAGAAGCUUCUGCGCAACAACCACAACCACAGGCUAGAGUUCAACAGACGACACAUCAGGUUCCCGUGAACCCAUCGAACCCCCCCGACCCGAAGGCGAUCGCUGUGGCCAACUUCCUGCGGUCUCAGAACCUGAAGACGAGGACUUGUAUUAUGGAUGGACAGAGAAAGGACUUGUUCAAAGUGAAACGCGCUAUCCGUGCUCUGGAGUCUCCCGCCUAUGCCAAAGCUGCCUCGAAGAAGGGCUCGCUUCUCCCUCCCGUGACAGAUCGUGCCUCCGCAGAGAAUGCUUUCAAACUUCUUCCGCUCUCGCUUCUCGCCUUGCGCGUCUCGAAGGUCGAUCCCCAUGCUGGACACAACCACGCUAAGCCGAAGAACCGCGUCAAGGGUCUGUGGACCGUUAAGAUCGAGCAACACCAGGAGACUGAUCCCAUGAUGCACUACGUGUGGCUCUACGAGGGACCGCAGUGGAAGCAGAAAGUCAUGGCUGGUGCGGUGGUUGCGGGUAUCUUUGCCAUCGUUCUCUUCCCGCUGUGGCCUAUCAUGUUGCGACAGGGUGUCUGGUAUCUGAGUAUGGGCAUGGUGGGCUUGCUGGGCCUGUUCUUCGCCAUGUCGAUCUUCCGUCUGAUACUUUUCUGCAUCACUGUCUUUGCUGUUCCUCCUGGUCUUUGGCUCUUCCCCAAUCUGUUCGAGGAUGUUGGAUUCGUGGAUAGCUUUAAGCCCCUGUGGGGUUGGCAAGAGACCAAGAAGAAGAAAAAGAAGUCCAAGAAGGUGACGGCGGAUGACUCCAAGACUGAGCCGGCUGCAGCAACGGACACCACCCCGUCCGCGACUACCACCGCCACUCCUGCUCCAGAUACCUCUGGCGCGGUGAAGCGCGAUUUGGCGGCCAGAGUCGAGGAGGCAGAUGAGUAA